AUGCCUGGCCAAGAUGACUACCUUGCAAAGCCAUCUGGCGAGUGCUGUCUCAAGGGUUCUAUUCAUGAAGGGGAGGGCAGGGGUCGCUUCGAGACAGUCUCUGGCAUGAACACCUAUAUCACAUCCCCCAAAGAGGGAACGGCAAAUGGCAAUAUUGUCUUAUACUUUCCAGAUGUUUGGGGCUUCUUCCCCAAUGGCUUCCUCAUCAUGGAUGGAUUCGCGGAUGCAGGUUACCAGGUUCUGGGGCCUGACUAUUUUCGGGGGGAUCCAGUAUGGAAACAUCGUAAAGACAGAAAUGAUAACUCGGAUCCCAAUUUCGACUACGAGGCAUGGAAGGUCAAACAUAUUACCUUUGCAGAUGAAGCGGUGCCGAAAUGGGUUACAGAGGUCAAAUCAAAAUUUGGUAACUCUGAUACAAAAUAUGCCUGUGUAGGGUGA